GCUUCGCUCGGGGAGCGGCUGCUCGCGCCUGGCACGCCUCCUAGCAACGCGGGCCUAGCCGGGCGCGGAGCCUGCGCCUAGAGUGAGCCCGCGGGCCGGGAUGUGGCUGUUCCUGCGGGGCGUAGCGGCGCGGCGACUCAUCGGAGGCCCUUUCCAUGGCGGCGGCGGCGGUCGGUGGUCCUUGUGGCGGCUGGGCGUGGGGCUGGGCCUGGCGGCGACCGCCGUAGCCGUAGCCGGGCCGGAGAGGGACAGCGAGGAGCGGCCGCCCAGAGACGCGGGCUUCCAGAGGGCCGUCGUCCGGAGCAGGGACCUCCUCCAGCGGCUAAAGGACCAAGUGGGGGUCCCCGGCGUGGUGGUCGGCGUGUCCGUGGACGGGAAAGAGGUCUGGUCGGAAGGCAUAGGUUACGCUGACUUGGAAAACCGGGUGCUCUGCAGUCCAGAGACUGUCCUACGAAUUGCCAGCAUUAGCAAAUCUCUGACCAUGGUGGCUGUGGCAAAGCUGUGGGAAGAAGGGAAGCUGGAUUUAGAUACUGCUGUGCAGAAGUAUGUUCCGGAAUUUCCUGAAAAAGAAUAUGAAGGUGAAAAGGUCACCAUUACCACAAGGCUGCUUGUGUCCCAUUUAAGUGGCAUUCGCCACUAUGAGAAGGACAUUUCUAAAGUCAAAGAAGAGAAAGAAAAGGCCAACAGAAAAGCCUCAAGAACGGCAGUUUCUGCUGCGAAAGAGAAGGAAGACGGAGAGCCUGGAAAGAAGAGGGACUCGGCUAAAGGCAGGACGGAAGAGGAAGGCAAGCCGGCAAAAAGUGGGAAGAAGAAAAGGGAGUUUGAGCACGAAGAGUAUUACUUGAAGGACAAAUUUGAGCAUGUGGUUGACUCACUGAACAUCUUUCAAAAUGAUCCUUUAUUCUUUAAACCAGGUAGUCAGUUUUUGUAUUCGACUCACGGGUUCACUCUCCUGAGCGCUGUGGUGGAGAGAGCUUCCGACCAGAAGUUCACCGACUACAUGCUGAAGAUCUUUAGUGACCUGGGCAUGGGAUCCACAGGGUUGGAUGAGAAUGAGCCUCUGAUAUACAACAGGGCCAGGUAUUACAUUCACAACAAAAAAGGCCAUCUCGUCAACGCCCCCUACGUGGACAACUCUUACAAGUGGGCUGGUGGUGGCUUUGUGUCCACUGUGGGCGACCUUCUCAAAUUUGGAAAUGCCAUGCUUUACAGCUACCAGCUUGGGCGGGUGAAAAACCCGGCUGCUGGACUUCUUCCUGGCUAUCUCAAGCCUGACACAAUAGCAAUGAUGUGGACCACAGUCCCAAGCACGAGAGCCUCCCAGGAGAGCGAUUACGCCUAUGGAAUGGCCUGGGUCGUCGUAGAGAAGAAGCAGGAAUAUGGCCACUGCAAAGAGCUGCGACACUACACCUUCCACACUGGCGCGGCGGUAGGAGCAAGUAGCGUCCUACUUAUCCUUCCUGAAGAAGGGACUGCCAGCGGUAGCUGCCUGGUCCCACCCCAAGGCGUGGUCGUCACAAUUAUUUGCAACAUGCAGUCUGUUCACCUUGAUGGCAUUGCCUUAAAAAUUGCAAAGGAAUUUGAAAAGGACAGGUUGGAGAAGAAAUGUGGAAGACUUGAGUGAUUACAAGCAUCUGUAGCGCAGGAGGCCCCCUCCCUCCCUGUCUCUUUCUCAAGUGGAUAGUGCAGCAUUUGACCACUCAUGGGAUAAGCAGACCUUCAUUGAGGGGACGGGAAUGUAGAGUUUUUCUGAUUCAAAUCGUGAAAGGCAUUAGCCAAAUACAUGUGCCAAUCGGACGGUCCACCUCCUCUUCUGCAAAUUGUGAAGCACAGGCUGUAUGCUUGGAACUUUUGCACUGCAGUGAAGAUGGCUCUCGGAGAAUUGCAGUCAUGGACAGAGGGGGGAUCUCACCUGCCAAGGUUUGGGUCUCCAUGGGCUUUUGCAAGGGGGAUUCCACCCAGAAGACAUCUGAAAGCCAACAGUGAAUGAAACUGCUUUCCCUCGUGGCUGAGGCAGUUACCGAUGGAGGCCACUCUUCCAAUAUGCAAAAUCGAUGCAGAAUGUCACUGCCAAUACCAUGAAUCGGCUGUCCAAGAUUACUUCAAGCCUCAGAGCGGGUGCUGGCCUUAGAAUUCUGCUUGGUGGACUAUUUAUUUUGUAAUAACUUGCUGCCAACCCGGGCAUCAGAUCGUGAUUGCUCCAUGUGAUCUAAUAUUUGAUUCCUUUAAAAAAAAAAAAAAAAAAAGAA